UAUGAGGCCGAUAGAGCUCCGGGUUUUCACCGGCCCCAACUGACCGAUCCUCUCCCCGUCGCUCACAGCUGCAGAGGGGAGGCAACAUGCCUGCGGCCUGCAGGAAAGCGAGGGCGCUCUAUGUGGUGGUGAUGCUCAACGUGGUCAUCUGCGUCCUGAUGGGCGUGUUGUGGAACCUCGGGCGUGACAAAAGCAGCCGCCACGUGGUCCAAAUCCCAUCCAAGAGGUUUUGGCGCCGACAGGUGCUGAGCAAAUCGUUCUGGAACAAGGAGCAGCAGCGCCUGGACCUCAUCCACAACCCCAUCAUCAACUCUGCACUCUCCAGCAACUCUAUCAUCAAGCUGCCGGAUUGGCUGAACGACACCGGGCCACUCAACCCUUGCGAGCCAGACAACAGAGUCCCCACACAAAUCUUGGACUACAACUCCCUGCCGCGGCGAUUCCAGGAUUUUCUUUUGCACAUGCGCUGCAGGACAUACCCCAUGCUGAUAAAUCAGCCCCAUGUCUGUGAUGAUAAACCCUUCCUGCUGUUGGCGGUCAAGUCGGUGAUCCCACAUUUUGACCGUCGGCAGGCUAUUCGUGAAACAUGGGGACGGGCGGGCGUCUUAGCCAAUCGGACUGUGGCGACGGUGUUCCUGCUCGGCAACGCCAUGCCAGUAGACCACUUCCCAGACCUGUUGGGGAUGCUGGGCCACGAGGCGGACCUUCACAAAGACCUCCUACAAUGGGACUACAGGGACACCUUCUUCAACCUAACCCUGAAGGAGGUCCUCUUCCUGGAGUGGUUCAGCCAAAACUGUCCCCACGCCCGGUACAUCCUCAAGGGUGACGAUGACGUCUUCGUCAACACCUUGCGAAUCAUUGACCUCCUGGAGGGCCUGUCGGAGAACAAGGCCAAGGAUUUGUUCAUAGGUGAUGUUAUCAGUAACGCCGGUCCACACCGAGACCGAAAACUUAAGUACUUUAUCCCUGAGAGUGUGUUUGUGGGGCAGUACCCGCCCUAUGCAGGCGGUGGAGGAUAUCUGUACUCCGGGGAGUUAGCGCUACGCCUUUACAACAUAUCUGGACAGGUGGUCUUGUAUCCCAUUGAUGAUGUCUAUACAGGGAUGUGUCUGAAGAAGCUGGGUCUGGUUCCCGAGAAGCACACUGGCUUCAGGACAUUUGACAUUGCGGAGAAGUACAAGUACAACACCUGCAUCUACAGGAGCUUGAUGCUGGUUCACAGCCGGACGCCACAGGAGAUGUUGAAGAUCUGGCCGUGGAUUGUCCAUCCCGAGCUGGAGUGCCAGUGAACGCUUCAGUGAUUCUUUGAACUGUUGAAUGUUAUAAUCGAUUUCACUUUUUGAAUUAUUUUAAAUCCUGAAAUCCAAGCAAAACCUCUGCAUUAGUAUUUUAAAGUAAUUUAAAUAAUUUAUUAACUGUAUUUUCAAGUCGACUUUAUUUGUUUAUUGUUUUCUUUUCCAUAAGCUGUUUUAUAUUCACGUAAAAGAAAGUAUUCGUUGGAUCAGUGCUCUGAAAUGUUAAUCUUGUAUCUUCUUCGUAUUUGGCAAACAUCAUCCCUCGCUGCUGCUAAUGUCAGCAAGAUAGUAUGUGUCCAGGACACGUCACAGACCGAAGUCCAAGGUCCGCGCAUGCACGGUAACUAGACACGUACAAGCAUGAGGGCAGCAUGCAGCAGGCUCAUGUCAGUGUGUGGCAGGUUGAAAGGUUGCAUCUGCAAAGAUUCCCAUGUCUGGGACUCGUAAACGUCAUUGGACAACUGAAGACGGCGGAACAAUUGCAGAGUUGGUCAUGUCCGGGUUAAAGAUACCGUGCAUUGAUACUUCAACAUCCAUUACAUUUGGGUUUAAGCUGAGUGAUGGCCUUAGGCGGACGUGGCUUCCGUUUGUUUUGUUUUUUGUUUUCAGGUACUUCUGUAGCAUUUAGCGCUGAGUGGGAUGAUUCUGGAGCUUUUUGAGUGAAAUCCAAAUCUCUCACUUAAGACUUGGGUGUUAGCAUGAACUGUCUUUACGAGUCGGGGACUGGCAAUUACAGCAACUCCCGUAUGACAUGCUGAGUGUGCUACGUUACAUGCUACAAUGCUACCACUGCUCUGGUAACUUGGCAAUGCUGAUGUCUGUAUGUGUACACUUGGCAUGCGUGCAGGAAUUUAGAUCUAAAGAUCAGGUUCACAGUUUUUCAAGUCUGUCUUACAACAAAGGUCAGGUGCCCGUGCAACACUGAAAUAGUUUUUGCUUCCUGUCCCUGCUUGACAUUGAAAAGAUGCCUUCCUAUUUGGAUUCCAGCGUAUAAGAGACAAGAUCCACAGUCAUCGUUCGGUCAUGAAAAUGUAUUCAAAGGUUUAUCUAGAGUUAAUAUGAGGCAUCGUCUGCCUGAGUUUGUCAAGUCAAGUGGUUACCUUCCGAAGUUAGUACAAAACUCCAUCUAAUCAUUUCUAGUGUUUCUGUGCUGAGCUGCUGCUGAGGAUUAGCAACACAAAGAGGGAAUUUUCCAAUUAAAUAGUGCAAAUUUGUAAGAUAUCAACCUUUGAAUAUAUUUUGCACAGAACACAGGCUGUGGAGGAGAUUAGACAGAGAUCUGUAAAUGGCCUGUAUCGACAGGAGGAACGAUAACAUCGAGCAAAACCUGGUUCGUUGCUCAUACAGGCACCUGAUUAUUGUUUUACGACAGACUUGAAGAAUUCUGAACCUGUCCUUUAAGUUGUAGACGUAUCCCAUCAUGAACUGAGGAGCUGGACCGGGGGGGGGAUUUACCCUUUCUAGUGGCAUUAGAUCAAAAGUCAGGGAAACACCAACAGGAUUCAUCCAGCAUCAUAAAUGUCUCUGUUUCCAUGGCAGUCCACGCGAUAGUAGACCCGCAUUACCAUGUAGAUCAGUAGUAGAUCAGCAUUACCACGUGCAUAUGGAUUUAUUCUUGAUGUUUACAGCUGUUUCUUUAACUUGUACAGUGCUAAUAGACCCAGAAGAGAGAGAUGUUGGGCGAUGGUCUCGACCUCGGCCCGCGAUCUUCGCGCCGCAGCGGCAUUUAGUGCUUAGCUCGCUCUUUGUCAAGUAAAAGACUAGUAACAGAGACUGUUUACUGCAGCGAAAAAGCACCGCAGUUCCGAAACCUGCAACCGUGAACGAGAUCCACGCAGACCUUGGGAUGACCUCUGACCUUUGAGUUACAGAACUAACUGUCUUAAUGAGACUGUCUUUCCCAAAGCCGCAAAGACUGUUUCUGUGUUGAACUUGUGUUCAUACGUGAUACAAAGACAACAUAGGUUUCCACAGACUUUCUAAUUUCACAUUUGUACGGUGAUUCAGAAAUGCUCUGUGUUCAUUGUUUUUAACAUCCCAGCUGUAACCUUGCUGCUGUUACUGGGCAUUUAUCCUGUGUAUUUGUGUUUGUGUGUAUUAAAUAAGCAACAAAGUGAGUUUGGCUCACAUG